GGAGUUUUUAUGAAGAGUAGCCCAAAUAAGGGAGGGUAUACCAAGCCCUAAACAAGGUUCCCAGUUGAAUAUUGUCUGCAAGAAAGAUUCAAGUCUUGUUUGGUGGAAGGAAGGGUAAACUAGGAGGAAAGGGUAGGAAGGAACAGAAAGCACAACAAUGGAGGGUGGCAACAGCAACAACAACCCUGAGGACCUGGCGGUAGGGUGUUUGCUGUCGAUCAGGACAACGUUGGGCGACGAAUUCGAAGGUCAGGUUGUGACCUUCGAUCGACCCUCCAACAUCCUUGUACUCCAGGAACCUUCCAAACAUGGCCCUCGUCGGAACAUUAGGUUGCUCAAGGCUAAUUACAUCAAAGAGUUCACCUUUCUUGGCCAGGCCGAAGACCCACUUGAUCCUUCCAACUGCUUUCUUGACCUCACCGCUCUCCAAGCUAGGGAAGAAAUUGCUAUCAGACAAGCAGAGGCUGAUGCUGAGAGGAUUGGGGUUGGGGUUACCAGCGAGGCGCAGAGCAUCUUCGAUGCUUUGUCCAAAACGCUUCCAGUCCGCUGGGACAAGACAGUCAUAGUUGUGAUGAAUGACGUCCGCGUCAGCAGUCCUUAUCAUCCUGAUUCUGUUGUUGGAGGUACUCCUGCUGCAAAUGAGCGAGUGAAGAAAGUGCUUGAGUUUGAGAGGAAGAGGUUGCAACUUCGCAGUUCUGGUGGUCAGUAAAGCUUCAUAUUUGCAUCCUUUUACGGUCAGGAAAGCGCCACCCAGGAGUAAACAUGAUGGGUAUGUUGCUUUUAACAAACCCUAUACAAGAGGGUUUUCCAAGGCAUAUUCCUGACUUCAGAUAUCUUUUGAUUAUCUGUCUUGAGCUCUCAAGUUCUGUCUUGCUUAUGGAGUUCAUUUGAGGUACUUGCUCCAGAUUCUUCUUAGGAGUGAAUGCUGAAGCAUAUGAUGUAUGGUGUGUUACACUUGGAAACCGAACAGGUGACUGGGUUUAUAUAAUUUGUCAGUUUGCUGUUGGGAAGUUUAACCAAUUACAACGGGCUAACAUGAACUCAAAAUGACUUUAAUUUGUUCCUUGUCUAAUAAUGCAAAUGCUUCGGAUAAAUGAAGCUGAUAUACCUACCUGAAGCUUUCUAAUUUUUUUUAUUUCUUGUUUCUAAAUAUUUAUGUGGUAUUAUUUGUUUACUUA